CUCGUCACGUGGCCGUCCAUCAUGGCGGCCCCGCGGAAACCGGUGCUGCUGGGGCUCCGCGAUGCCGCCGUGUCGGGCCGCCCCUCGGGGCCGAGCGCUUGGACGGCAAGCAAACUGGGCGGCGUUCCGGACGCCCUGCCCGCCGUGGCCGCGCCCGGGCCCGAGUGUGCGGCGUGCGGGCAGCCGCUGGCCCUGGUCGUGCAGGUGUACUGCCCGCUGGAAGGCUCCCCGUUCCACCGGCUGCUGCACGUGUUCGCGUGUGCCCGCGCGGGCUGCGGGGCGCGCAGCUGGAAGGUGUUCCGUUCCCAGAGCCUGCCGGUGCGAGAGAAGGCAGCGCUGGACCCGCAGGAAAAGGGCCUUGCAGCUGUGGACUGGUGUGAAGGUGCGGAUGACUGGGGAAGUGACAGUGAGGAGGCGUCUCCGUCGCAGCUCACUGUGGGUUCUGGAAGUGCUUCCAAUGGUGCCAGCGAUGUAGACUGGACUGGCCAGCUCCAGCACCUUCGCCUGCACGAUCCCGCCCCGGAAGCUGCUCUUCCCGCUGCUGCUCACGGGGAAAGGAAGGCCUUGCCCUCAGCAGAGCCGCAGUUCCUGCCCUAUUACAUCUGCGUGGUGGACGAGGAUGAUUACAGAGACUCGGGCGCUCUGGAUCAUGCUCACAGUCUCCUGCGGGAAUAUCAGCGGAGAGAAGGGAUUGACAUGGAAGAGCUGCUUUCCCAGAGUUUUUCUAGUAAAGAUAAUGAAAAAUAUGAGAAGACCACAAUCAAAAGUGGAGACAAGAUAUUUUAUAAAUUCAUGAAGAGAAUUUCUGUCUGUCAGGAGCAGAUUUUAAGGUAUUCCUGGAGCGGAGAACCUCUGUUUCUGACGUGCCCUCCCUCAGUUGUCUCUGACCUUCCUGCCUGCAGCCACUGUGGGGGUCAAAGGACAUUUGAGUUCCAGCUCAUGCCUGCCCUGGUCAGCGUACUCAGUGGUGCCCAUUCAGGUCUUUCUGUGGAAUUUGGCACAGUUCUAAUUUACACAUGUGAGAAGAGUUGCUGGCCUCUAAACCACCAAACUCCCAUGGAAGAAUUUUGUGUAAUGCAGGAAGACCCAGAUGAAGUCUUAUAUAAGUAGUGCAAUCCCUCUUAUUUAUAUGAAUUAAAAUGUACUCUAUUUGUGUGUAUUUA